UGGAUUAUCGUAACUAUCGUACAGAUCCGAUCCAGGGCCAGUUGAAGCAAGCCUUGUUUAGAGGACACAGACGAGGCGAAUACAUAUUAACUGAUUUCUAAUCACUGUUUGGCGGUCAGCUUACACUACAAGGCAACACCUGAUCAAAGAUCCGGUGUGGAGAUGUUACACCGUAAUGUGUGUUUUUGAAAAGCUUCAUUAUUGUAAAUUCCGCCUUUCGUCCACCGGUACAGCUAUUUUAUUAAUGCUUUAUGGAUUAACAAUGUCCUAGACGACCGAGAAGUAAAGGAUUGUCCGGGCAACGGCGCUGUGCAGAGAAGGGACUGCAUUUCAAAGUAAUUGUACUUUUCCUCAGAUGGAUUAUGCUGCGUACAACUAGGUCUUCCUGCCAGUGCCACCACCCGUUUGUUUGCAGACUUGAGGUCCCGUACAGCGCUAAACUUGGAAGUCGAGCGUAUUUCAUGUAAUGUAUUCGAUGACUUUCGGGGACUAUUGACAGCUGUGUGUAAAUACAUAAAGCCAGGUGAAUCAGCCUUUGAAUUCUACCUCGGUUGACUUUUUAAUAGUCAAAAUAUGUUGAAAAUGGAGCGUCUGAACUGCCGGGUGGCAAAGCUGCUGUCGGCCGCGGUGCAGGAGGUGCUGGAGGUGGUGAAGGAGACGGUGUCGGAGUAUCAGGAUAAAACCGCCCGAACCCAGAGGGAAAACGAGAGUCUGAAGAGGAGACUACAGGAACUGCAGGAAGAGAACCAUGCAAAACACUCAGGACUCAAAUCGCAUCCCAUCGCACCCGAACAUGAAGUCCAGCAGAAGGAAGAGUCUGACCUGGAAGAAGCAGAUAAUCAGGAGGUGCUGUCCUUUCCCUAUUUGGGUUCUAUUGGUACUCUUCCCUCUGAAACACCAAUCAGAUCGAAGUCUCACGUUGGUCCCCCCCUCCCACAGCAGAGACGCCAUAGACCCAGUCUUGACCCAGGCCAAUCAAACAAACCUCACAAGACCGACCCAACGUCUAAUCACAAUAGUUCUACUGGCCUGUUGUCCAAUCACAACAGUCCUACCGGCCAGCUGCGCAAUCACAGCAGUGCUGCUGGUCUGCUGUCCAAUCACAACAGUUCAACAGGCCAAAUGCCCAAUCACAGCAAUUCUGCUGGUCUGUUGUCUAAUCACAACAGUUCAGCAGGCCCAAUGCCCAAUCACAGCAGUUCUGUUGACCUGUUGUCCAAUCACAACAGUUCAACUGGCCCUCUUUUCCUCUUCUCCAGAAACAGUCCUGGUUCUCCAGUCUUGCUCUCUCCGAAGCAGAUAAAAACUGAGCCUGACUGGGCUGAUCACGACCCAGGGAAUGAGGUCCUGCCAGCAGGGUACUUCCAUGAACCCCCAGCCUGUUUCGGAUCAGAACCCUUUGCUCUGAACCUAACCGGGGAAGAGGAACCCUUUGACUGGGCUGGUUCUGACCUCAACCCCAUGUCCUUUGACCCCACGGACCCCAGUCAGUCAGGGAGCAGAACACUACAGCAGAGAGGGGUGGGUCGACCCAAGCGGUACUGCUGCACACUGUGUGGCCGGGCCUUCAGGCACGCAGGAGACCUAAAGAAGCACCACCGGGUCCACACCGGGGAGAAACCUUACUGCUGCUCAGUGUGUGGCAAGCGCUUCAGCCAGUCGGGCUACCUAAAGAUCCACCUCCGCCACCACACUGGAGAGAGACCGUACGGCUGCACACAGUGUGGGAAACGCUUCAGCCACUCGAGUAACUUUAAGAAACACCAGCUGACGCAUCUAUAGUUUAUAGAGCUUACGUCACGCGGAUCAGGGCUAGGGCUAAAUGUUUUAAAGACUAUAAAUGUUGAAAAUUGUGUUUUAUGAUGUAAACUGUUCCAGGAUUUGUGGGCAUUUGAGAGCAUUCGUUUUAAAUAUCUUUUGGCACACAAUGUGUAAUACUCUAUCACAUAGUAUUUGCAGUCAGAAUUGAUGCAAUAGCUUUAGUGCAGUAUUGACUAAGCUGGGUUUGUUAAUUUCUUAAUUUAUCAUUAAAGGAUUUUUGAGUCAC